UCCUGAUCCUGAACUGAACACUCCACUCCUGACAGCAUGAGCUGCUACUAUGGCAACUACUAUGGUGGGCUGGGCUAUGGCUAUGGUGGCCUAGGCUGUGGCUGUGGCUAUGGCUGUGGCUAUGGUGGCUAUGGCUAUGGUGGCCUCUAUGGCUAUGGUGGCUAUGGUGGCUAUGGUUAUGGAUGCUGCCGCCCACUUUGCUGCAGAAGAUACUAUUCCUAUGGCUUCUACUGAGGCAUUUCCUCAGCUGCUGAGCCUACUGGCUGUCACGUCCUGUCUUACAGGAAUCAUCUCUAACUUUCUUCACAUGAAAAAUGUUAAAUGUCUUCAGAAAUACCAACUAUACACCAAAGUGUCUUAGAAAAAUGAAUGAAAUCAGCACGCCUAUUUUAAUUCAUCCUUAACUCUUUGAUUGUGUAUUAGAGAAACGUUUUCAUUUAAUAAUUAUCUUUAUAACUCUAUGUAAAUUCUGAUCAAAUUUCACUCUCAAUAUGUAAACAAUACAUAUUAUAAAAUAAAUUGUAUUUCACUGGAAACAUUGCUGUCUUACAAUUCUAUUGAAAUGUGUCCAUUUGUGUGUGUGAGUGUGUAUUGGUACAU